AUGAUGGCGCCUGUGGAUCUUCACGAUGGGCUUACCAGCCCUGACGCCGAGUCGUUGCGCUCAUUCACAGAGACCCUGCCCGAUGAAUACCACGAAUGGGUUACUGAGUCAGGAAGAAGUUCACGAAAUGACCAAUUACUGGACGAUUUUCCCCAGCCGCCAAGUCGGUUGAAGAAUCUAGACUCGAUUCAUGAGGAAGAGGUAUAUCCGACGCCAAAAGCGUCCGUCAAGAAUAUGCGCCGGCAUGCGACAACGAACGAUCUUCCUCUCCUUCAACAAAUGAAUCCUUACGAUGGUGCCGAAGAAUUCAAUCCCGUUAGCGAAGAGAACGGCUCCUACGAUCUCAUCGCACCUUACGAGGGUGGUGAUGCGCCUCUCCACAAGCUCGAGCGACUCGCAGACGUGAUGUUUUCUGCAGAGCAUAUGCUUACAAUUCUGAACAACUCGCGCUAUCUUGCGCAAUUCCGCGAGUUUCUGAUUGAAGAACGCCCGCGCUCCAUAUCAACGCUGACAUACUACCUCAAUGCGGCGAAGGCGCUCAAGGCGAUUCAAUACGCCAAUGCGCUCGUCCGUCUCUCGGUCGAUGUACCACCCCCGGAAGUGCAUACCGAUGAAGAAACAGUUGGGGUUACGGCGAACCAGGUUCUGGAGCGGCGCGUUCAUGAUGGGCUACUUGCGCUGACGGCCGAGGAGCUGCCUGCGUUCAUAACAUCCAGAGGAAUCACAAUCACGAGUAAAAUCGUGGAAGAGCGUGUCCGCGGAACUUUACCCAUGAAGUUCCGUAGUACUUCCAAUGCGCUGGCGGAAGUUUUCUGUUUGACAGAUCCUUCGCGGCCAGAUAAUCCUAUUAUUUUCGCAUCUGAGGAGUUCCAUAAUACAACACAGUACGGCAUGGACUAUGUCCUAGGCCGGAAUUGUCGCUUUUUACAAGGACCGAAGACGAAUAAGAACAGUGUUCGCCGUCUUCGUGAAGCUAUCCAGGCGGGUCGACAUCACUCUGAAAUGUUUUUGAACUACCGCCGCGAUGGCUCCCCCUUCAUGAACCUCCUCCAAUGCGCACCACUAUGCGACAGCCAUGGCCGCGUGAAAUACUUCAUCGGCGCCCAGAUUGAUGUAUCAGGACUGGCAAUGGAAGGAGCCUCAAUGGAGUCUUUAAUAGAGCUCAAAGCCAAAUACCGCGAUCCAGCAGAAGACGACGAUAAUGUCCCAGAGGUUCCACCGAAAGACGAGAAAGACGAGUUCCAGGAAUUGAGCGAGCUAUUUAGUCCGCGGGAACUGUCUGCUGUGCAAGAGCACGGUGGACAUCUCUUCCAACCCCAGAAAGGUCUCAUAUCACCCAAACAUCCCCGCUCAUGGUUGCAACGAGGUGGAUCUAUCGACAGUGAGACUGAAGCUAUACGCUUGCACGACAUGAGAUCGCCUUUCUUCCGGAUGUCUCUGGCAGGUGUUUAUGAGAAUUACCUCCUUGUCCGCCCAUACCCUUCCCUCCGCAUCCUUUUCACAUCGCCCUCCCUACAAAUCCCGGGAAUGCUACAAUCACCAUUCCUAUCGCGUAUUGGUAGUUCCUCGGCUGUGAAAGAUGAUCUACUCCAGGCCAUGAUGGUUGGUCGAAGUGUGACCGCCAGAAUCAAAUGGGUGACAAGGUCGAAUCCAGAAGGUCGGAAUCGUUGGGUUCAUUGUACGCCACUCAUUGCCAGUAAUGGGCAGGUGGGUGUGUGGAUGGUGGUUGUUGUCGAUGAUGAUGACGAGGCAGUUUUGAAUUGGCGUUCUUAG